UCAGCAUACGACGUUUGCGAAAAAGUGUGAAAUCAAUUGAAUUUUGUGAAAUUUAUUAGAGUUAAUUGCAAAAAGUUGAACCUGCAUGGGAGAAACCAGUGCCAGUGAAAAGAUCGAUACCGAAAUGAAAACAAACGGCUCGGAAAAUGGAGUGAAAACACCGUUUUUGAUAGGUGUUGGCGGUGGCACGGCUAGUGGCAAGUCUACGGUUUGCAAACGGAUUAUGGAACAGCUGGGCCAGGAGGACAUGGACCACGCACAAAGACAAGUUGUUACCAUUAGCCAGGACAGUUUCUACCGGGAGCUGACUCCGGCAGAAAAGGCACGAGCUCUGCGGGGGCAGUUCAACUUUGACCAUCCGGAUGCGUUUAACGAGCAGCUGAUGCUGAAAACACUACAGGAUGUACUGCAGGGGAAAAAGGUAGAAAUCAACGAGUAUGAUUAUCGGACAAAUUCCAUCUGUCCGGACCGGAAGCUCGUUAUCUAUCCGGCUGACGUGGUACUGUUCGAAGGCAUUCUAGUGUUCUACUACCCGGAGAUUCGCGAUCUGUUUCACAUGAAGUUGUUCGUGGAUACGGAUUCCGAUACGAGAUUGGCUAGAAGAGUGCCUAGAGACAUCAAAGAAAGAGGGCGAGAUUUAGAUCAGGUCUUGAAUGCUUAUAUGACCUUCGUAAAACCGGCCUUCGAAGAGUUUUGUUCACCAACUAAAAAAUUUGCGGACGUUAUUAUUCCACGUGGUGCUGAUAAUACAGUGGCCAUCGAUCUGAUCGUGCAGCACAUCCGCGAGUUCUUGAACAACCGCACCCGGCAGGACCACAGUCCCCACCUGGCGUCGGGUGGCACCAGUGCGCUGAAUCUUUCCCGCGGCCGAGCUACCUUCAAACACUAAAAAACAAGAACAGUAGAAGCAACACCACAAGAAGCUGAUUUCUUCUGCUAAAUUGGUUUGAAAUUUGCUAGCGUAAUACCUUCGCCAAAUUUGCACAAUCGCCUAACGAGAUGUAGUGACUAAUCCGUUAGUUUAGCCAAAAAAUAGCGUGUUAGUUCGAAGUAAAACAUAGCAUAACAGCUAGCGCAAUUAGUGCAACAUAAAUUCAUCUAAAAAACAAAUCAAACUUCAUCAAUUCGACUGAUUAUUUCAAUUUGUUAACGAGCGCGAAACUGCACUGUCCUAUUAUUGAUGCAUUUAUUUCGUUUCUGAUCCAAAUCCCAACCAUUCUAGUCCGUUACUUCGUUUUCCAUUAGGAAGUCAGUGUCCAAAGUCGAAAAAAGUAGUGCAAGACAAAAAAAAAAUAUUUGUAAAAAACAAGCAUUCAUUCAACUACUAACCAAGCAAAUAGCCAUAUUAGAAUAUCGAGAAUACCAAAAAUUAGUGCUAGCAUUAAAACACAAAAACCUUCUAAAAGAACGACACGCUGGAAAUUUUAUGAUAUUGAUUUGUUUUUUCCCUAUUAUUAUGCAACAAUGAAUACUCUAUUUGUUUUUCCUCACAUUCUACGUACUCAUAAUAUUUUAAUUAAAAUAAACAAAAAACGCAAUACUUCCCCCCCAACAAAAGAAGAGAACGUCCCCGCUCCGCCGGAACCGGGCGCAACAGCCUUUCGGCGCUUUUCGUCAACCAUCAUCAAUAGGAAGCUGUUUUCCUUUACACUUAACUACUAAGCAAGCACAGC